UCUGCGCGGGAAGUGGAAACCCACGCAGAGAAGUGGCCGCGCGAGGUCCGCUGGCGCGGCAGCGGCGGCUGCUCUGGUCUCUUCGCUGCUCGGGCUGCGGCCCGCCCUGUCCGCCGCCGCCAUGCCCAUGAAGGGCCGUUUCCCUAUCCGCCGCACGCUGCAGUACCUGGGCCAGGGGGACGUGGUGUUCAAGGACUCAGUGAAGGUUAUGACGGUGAACUACAACACGCACGGGGAGCUGGGCGAGGGCGCCAGGGCUUCUUUUGCAGGGCUCCUCACCGUCGUGAUCGGGUCAGCGGGCUCCUCCGCCACCCCCACCGCCCCAGACUCCAUAAUGCUGUUUUCAGCCUGGAGCAGAGACUCACUGAGCCGAAGCUGGCGAGAGAAAGCCCCCAGGCCUUUGCUUGUUCCUGUGCCCUCAGCAGUUCAGCUGUCCCCACCUGGACCUUGCUCCAAGUGCCAGUGGCCAGUGCUACAGCCCUGGGCUAGCCAUCGUCUUGGGGUGUCUGCCGGGAAAUUUGUGUUUUUCAACAUACCUCAGAUUCAAUACAAAAACCCUUGGGUGCAGAUCAUGAUGUUUAAGAACAUGACACCGUCACCCUUCCUGCGAUUCUACCUAGAUUCUGGGGAGCAGGUCCUUGUGGAUGUGGAGACCAAGAGCAAUAAGGAGAUCAUGGAGCACAUCAAAAAAGUCUUGGGGAAGAAUGAAGAAACCCUCAAGAAAGAGGAGCAAGAGAAAAAGCAGCUUUCUCACCCAGCGCACUUUGGCCCCCGAAAGUACUGCUUACGGGAAUGCAUCUGUGAGGUGGAAGGGCAGGUACCCUGCCCGGGCCUGGUGCCUUUACCCAAGGAGAUGACGGGAAAGUACAAAGCAACUCUCAGAGCUGGUGCCCAGGACUAAGGCCUUAGGCCACUAGGGGCUGGGGCUACCUUGGCCACAGGGAAGCCUUGGUCCUGUCCCUGGAGAGACUCUGAAGAGCUUUUUGCAAUAAAAGGAUCCCCGUCACACACCUGUGUGCAAGGACGUGGGGGAGGGGAAGGAGUAUCUGCAGUUGAGCCACUGAAUGAAUAUCCCUCCUGCAGCAGGUCAAUAAAAUGCUUCUGUCUCCAGCA